AUGUAUUGUACAAGAAAACAUCUCCUUUUUGAUAAAAGCUAUAUUAUCACAUUAAAUCAAGAUAGCAUGAAUAUAGGAGAAUCUACCUAACAUACGAAGUAUACAAUUGCUUUGAAACUAUAAACUGUAAUUGAUUGGAAGAUCUCCUAAGAAGAUUUCUAAUUGGUAGCAUUUUGUAUAGACUGGAAAAAUAAACAGAAAUACUUUUAUGCUGACCAAAGUGUCCUUCUCAGAGUCAAGAAUUAUCUGGCUGGAAGAGUAAUUUUUAAAAACAUAGAUUAUUUCUACAAAUAAGUAGGAAAAAUAGAGACCAGAGAAUUAAGUUCGGUAUAUACUAUCUAAGGAUUGGAUAAUAAUGUUGUUUACGUGUGCAAAGAGUUGAAUCGAUAGAAAUUGUACUCCUACGAAUUAUUUCAAAAUGAAGUUGAAACUUUGGGACAAUUGACCCAUCAAAACAUCGUAAAAUUGAUAGAAGCCUAUACCAAAGAAACUUCAUAUUUAAUAGUAUUAGAAUUUUUAAAAGGCGGAACUCUUAGCCAAUGCCUGAAAUAUUGUAGGAUGUCUAUAAUGGAAAUAGAAAUAAUAACGAGAUAAAUUUUAGAGGCACUUUGUUAUUUACACGAAAGAGGGUUUGUUCAUAGGGACAUAAAGCCUGAAAACAUACUUUUUUGUGAAUUGGGAUAAUUUUGCCAUCUUAAGCUUAUUGAUUUUGGAAUCUCAUGCAAGAUUAAGGAUUUAUCAGAGGAUUUAUAAAUGACUUUUGGAACUCCUGGUUAUAUAGCACCUGAGAUUCUAUAGAGAAAAAAUAGAAGAAAGAUAUCACAAAAAAUAGAUGUUUUUAGCUGUGGAGCCAUAAUUUAUUACAUGUUAACAGGAGCAAAAUUAAUAUUUGGAAUAAACUAGUAAGAACUAUGUUAAAACAAUAAGGUUUAUACUUUAAAUUAUCAAAUUCUUUAAAAUGUAAAGUAAAAAAAUUUCAGGGAUUUAUUAUCAAAAAUGAUCACUGAAGAUCCAGAUUAAAGAAUUGAUGCAAGACAAGCUUUAAAUUAUUUAAAAUUAAUGAGCAUCCCAACAAACACUUCCCUUUCUAUUUCAUUGCAAUCUUCCCAAGAUCAUAUUCAAGAGUUACCAAACUUUAAAAAAUUGAUUGCAAAAAAUUGA